AUGUCUCCUGUUGGCAUCGAGAGAGAGGUUGCGUUCACGGCCCCAAAUAGCGGGCGUGCUUGUAAAACGUGGUACAAGAUUGUCGGCGACCUGACGACAGCAUCUCACCCUCCCCUACUAGCCCUGCACGGAGGUCCUGGUGCAGGGCACGAGUAUCUCGAAUCGUUGGCGGAUCUGCUUGAUCGUUAUGGCAUCCCAAUCAUAUUUUAUGAUCAGAUAGGCUGCGGCCGUUCAACCCACCUCCGCGACAAGAUGGGAGAUGAGGCUUUUUGGACGUUUGAUCUUUUCAUUGCCGAGCUCAACAACUUGAUCGACCAUCUGCAGCUUCGUGACAGAGGCUUCUACGUUCUCGGGCAGAGUUGGGGCGGUAUGCUGGCCGGAAUGUUUGCCGCCCGCCGCCCGCAGGGACUUGUCAAGGUGGUCAUUGCUGGCGCGCCCGCCAGUUUCCCUCUCUAUGUCGAGGGUGGCAAGCGACUGCGUGCCAAGCUGCCGGCCGAUAUUCAGAGCAUCCUUGAGGCGGGAGAUCAAAGUGGAGAGCUUGAGACUCCCGAGUACGAGCGCGCCAGUGCCUUCUUUUAUAAGCAGCAUGUGUGCCGAAUUGACCCUCUGCCUGGACCGGUCCAGCAGGCAUUUACCAAUUUAAAGGACGAUCCCACAGCUUAUAACACAAUGCAAGGCCCAUCGGAGAUUGUCAUCACCGGUAACCUGAAGGAUUGGGAUGGGUCAAAGGAGGCACAGAAUAUUAAUGUCAAUGCGCUACUUCUGAACGGACGUCACGAUGAAGUUACAGAGCUUUGCGUUGAACCAUGGUUCAAGGCUAUACCAAAGGUCAAAUGGGUAGUGUUUGAGAACUCGAGCCAUAUGGCGCAUUGGGAAGAGCGCGACAGGUUUGUGGAACUGGUUGGCACGUUCCUUACCUCUCAUUGA